GACAGCGAUCUCUUACUGAGGCACCUCGCAGUCUGAGCUAUUAUUAAGCCACUAAUAUGUUCCUUACUCUACCUCCUUCUCCUUCCUUUUAAAUCUCCACACGUUCCCCGGCUGUGAAGUUGUGAGACUUCUAUUCGCGGCAUGUUAACUGUGACUGAGAUUAGCAUUGUUGAUAGUCUCUGGAGAACCUCCUGAUUCCUUAACUCCGACCACGCACUGUUAUCUUUCACCUUGUUAUACGUGGAAUAUUAAGUUUUCACCAGUGCAGGUCACUGACAAUUCGACUUAUCGAGAGAUGGCGCCCCCAAAAGUAAACAACUUUGGUUAAAUUGGCACAAGGACUCUUGAUAUCGCUUCCAAAACAGUAGAUAUACCGCCGUCCGCAGCGAUGAUGCCCCCAAGUUCGAGCGUCGAUACUCCCCGGAGAUUCGAUCACGAUGCCUCCUUAGUGCUGGUUGGCAUUCGGGGAUGCGGAAAGCGCUCUCUCGGCUUCGUUGCUGCCACCGCUCUCAAACGCCGUUUCAUAACAGAGGAUCAUUACUUCAAGGAAGUUACUGGACUUACGCGGCAUGAGUACCUCAAGCGCCAUGGCAGUCAAGAAUUUCAACGUCGUGAUAUCGAUGUUCUCAAGAAGAUGCUCGACAACCAUCAAUCACAGUGUGUCAUUGAGUGCGGCCUUGGUAGCCUCACUCGGCCAAUUCAGGAGCACCUUCGUUUGUAUUUGGCGAAGAACCCAAUCGUGUACCUUGUUCGUGACAUGGAUCGGAUCCAAAGUUUGCUAGGUUUAGAGCAUGAGGCUGUUAAGAUGCUGUGUGAGGGGGACCCUCUGCACAGAACUUGCUCAAAUUUCGAGUAUUAUAACAUAGAAGAUCGUUCCAAUGUGGAGGCUCAAACCGAUGGACAGACAUCUGAUCGCCGAUCUGUUAAUUACUCCUUCAAACUCAGAGAGGCGAAGGAGGACUUCACCCGCUUCGUCCGUUUUGUCACCGGUGCGGAUGUGGACCAACCUGGCUACGACUCACCUUUCGUACUGUUGGAGACACCCCCGGAACUUCGAUCAUUUACUCAUGCAAUCUUUGUUCGCUCCUCUGAUUUAAUUGAAGGGGUCGUCGACUUGGCAGAGCUUGAAUCUGGUGGAGAUGCUAUUGAGCUCUGCGUCGACUGCUGGGGUUCGAGCAUGGCGAGCACCAUCAGCAAGCAAGUUUCUUUGCUUCGGAGGAAUGCCCGGACACCCAUCAUACUCUCGGUUGACACGACAGCAUCCGGAAUCGGUAGCGGUGACCUCAUAUCGGCGCAGAUCUCAGAGCUGUAUUUCAACAUCAUAGAGCAUGGCUUAAGGCUGGCGGUGGAGUAUUUAGCAGUCGAUCUGGGCCAAAAUCAAUCUUUGUUGAACCAGGUGAUUCGCAACAGAGGUAGAACCAAGAUUAUCGGCCACUAUCUUUUCGAACCGUCUUCUUGCGUGACGUGGGAGGACGAGGAAUGCCUUUCCCUGUAUCUCGAAGCAGAAAAGCUUGGUUGCCAAAUUGUGCGUAUUCUUCGAGUGGCCACUGAGCGCGAGGAUAACGCAGCUGUGGGCAAAUUUAUCAACAAAAUCCAAUCCUUACCUGGUUCACACCCCCCGGUGAUUGCCUACAACGUUGGCAGUCUUGGGAGGACCUCGCAGGUGUUCAAUUCGAUAUUGACCUCCGUGACCCAUCCGGCUAUCAAACGUCGCACAGACAAUGGCAGGGAUCCCAUCAUUACUUCACGAGACGCCAUUGAAGCCUUGUUCCAGAGCUAUACGCUAGACCCCUUGCAAUUCUAUAUCCUUGGAGGGAACGUGGCGUACAGCCUAUCACCUGCCAUGCACAAUGCUGCUUUUCGGCACUGCGGCAUGAGGCACACGUAUAGCAUUCCCGAAUCUCCUUCUCUUGCGGCGCUUGAUCGGCUGGGCCGGGAUCCGCAUUUUGGGGGUGCGAGUAUUGUGCAGCCGUGGAGAGUGCAGGUCUUUCAGAAACUCGCAUCUAAAAGCAGACAUGCUGAAGCUAUUGGGGCCGUCAAUACCAUCAUGCCCCUGCGUGCACGCGCUGAUGGGACGAUGUUUCCCUUACAAGAGCAAGCCAGCCGCCGCAACCAGGCGGGGCCUGUUUUGGGAUGGUACGGAGAAAACACAGACUGGGUGAGUAUCAUGACUUGUAUCAGUCGUCACCUGUCUCCCCGCAAUACGAUCAGUCCCUUGAAAUCAACAGGCCUGGUUAUUGGAGCCGGUGGCAUGGCUCGGGCUGCGAUUUAUGCUAUGCUUCGGCUAGGUUGCCGAAAAAUUUUCAUUUACAACCGAACCUUAUCGCGUGCGGAGGGUGUCGCACGCCAUUUCAAUUCCUGGGCUGCAUCGCAGGUGGGCUCAACCCAAGUAGUACGGGUGUUGACGUCUCUUCAAGAUGAAUGGCCAUUGGAUACCUGCCCGCCAUGCUUAAUUGCCUCGUGUGUGCCAGCAGAUCCUGACAGAGAUGAACCUCCAGCCAACUUCGAAAUGCCGACACAGUGGCUCGGAAGUCCAACGGGCGGCGUGAUUUUAGAGUUCGCAUACAAACCCUUGGAUACGCCCCUGCUGCGGCAAAUGCGCCGGUUCCGAAGUGAAACUGGAAGGCCGUGGAUACUGGUCGGAGGGCUGGAGUUAGUCUCAGAACAAGCGGUCGCACAGUUCGAGCUCUUAACAGGACGGAAGGCACCUCGCCGAUUGAUGACCCUUGAGGCUCUUCAGAACUAUGUCGGGGAGAACGGUUGUCUCGAUGAGAAGGAGAUCUGAGCAAGACUAGGCUAUACUUAACAAUAUAUUAUUCUUCAGAUAAUAGAGAAGAGUCC